AUGAUGAUAGAGGGCCUAAUUGGAAGUGACGCUGCCUUUCUGGGUGUGGCUGCCCUGGUUGAACGACCUGCAAAAGACCAGGCUUUGCACGCAGCAGAGGCGGGGGACAGGCACACAAUCAGGGAAUUUGUUGACUGCAAUUCGCCACUGUGUACCACAAUAGUGCGGCAGCGCCAGCGAAACCCCAUUAGUGAUAAUGACGUCCAGGCAAUGGCUGUAGAUUCAUUCAUUCAUGUGGAACCUGUGUCUAGGGACUCUGGGAUUGAGGGCAAAAAUCGCAUCUGGAUUGAGAAAGGAUUUUCCACGGGUUGCAAUGUCCGACUCUGUCCACCGCUACAGGCUCUUAUUGUCUACGCUCAGCCACUCUACAUAUGCGCCGAUUCUUUGCUCGAAGCGCCCGCUGCAACCGAUAGGCGCCAAGCAGCUGGGCCCGCCACGGGCGGCGCAUAUUGCAGUCACCUAGUCACAGGGUGGAGGCAGGGAAAAUUUGUAUUACGUAUCUUCUUUUCUGGAGAGCCCCUAGACUUCGAGUGUCCGUCUGCCGGUACGUUGGCCAGCAGAAUGACAAGAUGCUGUUCAUUUGUGAGUCAUAUAGGAGUGGAUGGCGACAGACAGAUUCAUAUUCACCUUGACAGGGGCCUACUAAUCCCAGCAUUGUACAAACGUAUACAGCCGGCCCCAAUUGAGGAUAGGAAGAUACCGUCGAGGCGGACCCCGGAUACGGGCCGAAUACAACUUUCCGAGACUGAUGACGAGGAAAGACGAAUGCUGUGUCCCCUGGCACCACGAAUGGAUGCCCAAAUCGCCAUCAUCUGCCUUCCCGAGCCUACGGAAGACGAAAUGCUUCCUGAGACAAUGGCGACCCAGCACGUGACACAAAAGAUGGGAAGAUAUGAGCGUGGGUGUAUGGCAAAUGAAGGGACGUUUCAGUUGAGAUGCAGCAUUCCCUGGGGGAUGUCCACCCGACUCGAACAGGUGUUAAUGGCGAUCCGGUCUGGCGACACUCUGUAG